CCCCACGCCCCAUGAAUGGAGCGGCAGCCAGCCAGCCAGCCAGCCAGUGACCGCGGCGGGACGCGCCACGGGGGACGAGGCGACACGAAGCUUGGAGGCACGCACGGUGCGGCGAACGCGAUCGCGCCGCGCAUGCAACGGGCCUGCCCGCGCGGUGCCUCCCCCCACUCCGUCACACGCCUGACGCCCCUCUCACUGGACGCCACUGGAAUCCACAGCCCCUCCCUCCAAAGCAGCGCGCCCCGCGACUCGCCUCCGCCUACGUGUCGGCCGCGUCCCCGCCCGCUCGCCCACGUACCCCGCGCCUCCCUCCCACGUGCCCCUCCCUCUGCGCGCAUCCGAUUGGCCGCCCACGCCUUCUUAAGCCGGCACGGCACCGGGACCCAACGCCGUGCACUCCGUCCACCCCCGUCGGCAGACAUCGACUCCUGCGUGCACGCAAUGGCCAUGGUGCAGCCGGUGGACAUGGCCGUCAAGGCCAACGAGAUCCUCGCGCGGUUCCGGCCCAUCGCGCCCAAGCCCGCCCUGCCGGCGUCGCCGGCGCAGGCGCAGGCGAUCGACGGCGCCGCCGACCGCGUGCUCUGCCACCUGCAGAGCAGGCCGUGCCGCGCAAGGAAGCGCGGGCGCCCGAGCGCCGUGCCGGUGUCCGCGCCGGCCGCUGCCGCCAAGAGGAAGAGGGCGGCGUACCCGGUGCCGCUCCGAUGCGCGGCGGCGGCGGCCACCGACGCGGUGGUGUCCACCGCGACGAGGGCCUAUGUGUCCGUGCCGGGCAGUGCAUGCAUGCCGUUUGCGUCGCUGCCGCCGGCGACCGCGAGUACCGGCGGGAAUCUGACGAUGCUCUCGACCAUGGUGGCGGGCGAUGAGGAGGAGGAGGAGGAGGAGAGGGAUAUCCCCGUGGAGCGCGACCUGCUGCGGAAGCUGCUGGAGCCCAAGGUGAUCUCGCCGCGGGCGAUGCGCCCCGUGGGAUCCACCAUCCACGUCGAAUCCAUCGUCCACGGCGCCGUCGACGCGGCCAGCAGCACGGCCGCCUCGAAGACGGCGGAGGAGGUGGAGGCGGAGGUGGAGACCGACGCGCUGCCGGCGAUCGUCACGGACUCGAGCAACCGCGUCCGGCUGGUGAACGACGCGUACAAGGAGAUGGUGGGCGCGCCCGAGUGCCUGUGGCUCGGCGCGGUGGCCGCGUCGAGGAGGAUCAGCGGGGAGGUGGCGCUGGUGGUGGCCGAGCAGGCGACGCUGCCGGAGUCCCCAGGGGGGUUCUCGUGCACGGCGAAGAUCGAGUGGGAGUGCGGCGGCGGCGAGCGGGCUUCCAUCCAUGCAGCGUGCGACGUCAGCCGGCUGCAGUGCGAGUACAGGCACUACCUCUUCGCCUGGAGGUUUCGCGCCGCCGAUGCAUCAUCGCCCGCCGACAGCCACCGCGCCGGCGGCGAAGCAUGAGACACUCAGGAUCCGAGCUGCGUGCGAAACCAAGUGCACAGGUCAUAGAUUAAGGUGCAUGUUUUGUUACUGUUAAACCACUAGGUUAAGGUGCAUGUUUAGUGGUACUGGUAAACCUAGGUGAACUGUUUCCUCUUUUGGGAAGCCUGCAUGGUGCAUGCCCGGGUUCUAAAGUACAUAUGAUGUUGACCGGACAACGCAAGGGAAAAAUAUGACGUGUGCUUUGGUGAAUUG